AUGGGAUUGAGCCAAGCCUCCAGUGUCACCCCAAACAUCGGUCUGGCUGUGGCGACGGGGGUGAGCAACCCUCCAAACACCUCCGGCAUCAUCCCCACCUCUUCUCAACCUCCUUCGUCCUGCAGCAUUGACGAAUCCUACAAGUACGUCUUCCUGCCGGUCUGCUACUCGCUGACCUUCCUAUUCAGUCUCACCCUCAACUCGGUGGUGCUGCUGCGCUCCUGCCGUCACCAUGGCAGCGGCUGCUGCGGCGUCAUGGGUAGCAGUGGCGGUGGGCGACGCUGGAACACCUCGCUCAUCUACAUGGUUAAUCUGGCCACCACUGACCUCAUGUACGGCCUGUCACUGCCCUUCCUGGUGGCGAGCUACAUGCUAAGGGACCGCUGGGUGUUUGGGGACUUCAUGUGCCGCCUUGUUCGCUUUCUGUUCUACUUCAACCUCUACUGCUCCAUCUUCUUCCUCACCUGCAUCUCAGUGCACAGGUACCUGGGAAUUUGCCAUCCCAUGAGGACCAUCACUCUGGAGAGCAAGCGGGUGGUGAAGGGGACCUGUGCGUUGGUGUGGGUGGUGGUCUUCAUCCUCACUUGCCCCAUCUUCAGGUUCGCUCAGACAGGCUACGUCCAUCGAGGAGGUGGGGCUGUUGGCCCUGAAGGUGUGAGUGGAGGCAGUAACGGUAGUGGACCUCAGUUUGAGGAUCAGGAGGGAUACAUGAACUGCUGGGACGACGCCAUUGAUAAGGAGUUUGCCGACUACGUCCCAUACGGCAUCGUCCUCCACCUGCUGGGCUUCUUUGUGCCCUUUGUGAUCAUCGCUUGGUGCUACUCUCAGGUGGUCAGGACGAUAUUUCAGACGCUGCGUUCCCCUCCCAGUUCCAUAGAGGGUGGGGAGGACGGUCCAGUGGGGGAUUGGGCCACAGAGGGAGUCAGAGACCGAGAAAGAACCUCGGUCUCCAUCUCUGGAUCACAGUACUCGCACUACAUCAGACGACGACGGAAAUCCAUCAAAACCAUCUUAACCAUCACGCUGCUGUUUGCCCUCUGCUUCCUGCCGUUUCAUGUGACCCGGACGCUCUUCCUGCUGCUGCGGCGGGGACAGCUGGGUGGGUGCAACGCCAUGAAGACUGUCUCUAUCUGCUACAAGGUCACCCGGCCGCUGGCCUCCUGCAACGCCUGGCUCAAUGCCCUCCUCUACUUCCUGACAGGGGAUAAGGGCGCCCCCUGCUGCUGGCCUAAAGAACAGAAAGUCCGCAGAGACCGCCGGCGGAACGGCUCCCUCUGGUGGCCUCUAAAGAUCAUGAAAAAAGAGGGUUUGGGCGAGGAGGACCAGGAAGCGGCCGAGAAGGUUAACAGGGAGGUGCACGUGGAAAAUGAAUCCAAGUCUUCAAGGGUCAUCUUCUAAGAGUUUUAAACGCCCUUUACUUUGAAAGGGACUUCAAACAGAACGCG